GUUACGAGCAUGGCCACCCCGAGCUUGGAUGAACGGCUGGUUUCGGUUGACGAUUCUACACCUCGCGUUUACGACCCGGUGACCCGUUUUCGUGAGCGCAAUCCUCAUGGGCAUUCCUCCGAUUCGACGAUUCAACAUGUGCUUUACGGAUCCGGCUCCGGCCCCGCUUGUCGGCCUUCGACUUGGGAAGCACAACGCGCGGUUCGGGACUUGGAAGAAGCAGCUAAAUUUGCUAAUCAGCCCGAUGCCAGCGCCUUUUAUCACGAAGCGUUAGAGCUUCACCCUGAGGCAUGCUCCUUGGCAUUCACCAUGGCUUUCCCUGAUUGCGAUCAGUCGUCGUUCGUUGAUACUCUCAGGGUUACCCGACUGCGUGCUCCUUCGGACCAGCCUGACUCUCAUGAUACUCCUCCGCUUUGUGCUUCACACGCAGCCCCUCUGACUGCAUUAAUAGAUUGCGCGGUCGUACGGCCUCUCACUUCCUACAUUCAUCUAGUAGAUACGGCGUUGCGCGACCAUCUCUUGUACGAUCAUGGACUACUGGAACACUUCAGUUGUCUAAGACAAGUGUGCUUUCUGGAACAUAGUGAAUUUCGUGAUCUUCUUCUUGAUAGGUUGUUUCAACAGGCCACCGGCUUACUCACAGAACAGUCCAAACUGCAUGAAGCUACUUUUCUACACGAUUUGAUGCAAUCCGCCGCCUCAAAGUUUUUUACUUCUAGCAAUGAAACCAGCGAUUUUGAGCAGUUUCCAUUUUGGGCUACCGAUUGCACUCCGCUAGUUAUUCGAGCGUCUAUUGACUUGGUUCCCUCUAAACGGGAAAGCGCCUCUAAGUGGAUCACAGAGGGUGUCCCAAUGGUUCCUUCCUUUAACCAUAUAACUUUGGUGUACCGAGCUCCUUGGCCGCUCAACAUUCUCAUCAACAACCGGGCAAUGUACAAAUAUAAUUUAAUUUUCAGGCAAUUGAUGCACAUUAAGUUCAUCGUCUGGUCUCUUAAUAACGUGUACCGCUGGCUCCGACAGAACAGAUACUUGUACGUUGCUCGUGCCUCCAGCCUGGCUGAUAUACACAAUAUCACUCUUUGGCUCCACGAGAUGAACCAAGUGUUACGUGGCGUGGAGGGCUAUCUCACAAACCAAGCGAUCAAAGCCAGUUGGUCCACAUUCAUCGCCCGUAUUACGGGUUCUUUGGAAGCAUCUCAACAGGCGGACUGGAACGCGCCAAUUCUCUCCAAUGCGGAACAUGUGGUGCACUUGGAUGACUUGAUGAACCUUCAUGAUACAUACUUGGACAAUAUCAUUAAAUGCUGCCUUCUGGAUCCAGCUAACCGCGAAUUGCAUCAGGUAUUUCAGGGGAUGCUGUCCUGCGUACACUGGUUCUACAAAGUGUUAUGUUCCGGUCACUGGAUCUCACUGACAGAUUCAAGUACACCUGGCUGUUCGUUUCGUCACUCAGGUUGGGACCAACUGCAUGCUGCACAUCAGAGCUUCAGACGACAUGCUCGAUUCCUCAGGCGCCGAGUUGGCCGCCUCCUGUCCGCGCCAGGUGCCGAUCGUGCUCAACGCAGCCUGAGUCAAUUCAUGUUUGUGUUUGGCCUGAAUGAUUUCUAUGGCCAAUCUUAACCAGCUACGUUUUCCACCCAGAACGUCCAACUCCACUCAGCACUCUGCUGUCCUCAGCCGAUUGCUUACAUCUUUUGCACAGACCGCUCGCUUCGUUCAGUCGCCGUUGCACUUUUCUAUCACACGUAUCCCGCAUGGGAAUUUGUUAGGCUACUCCGAGUCUCUUUGUACAGUGUAUAUUUAUUGAGUCCCAAAUGUUUUCCCUGAGUCUAUUUUUUGUGCUACAGUAUCUCAAAAGUGUUGCAGUCUUCUCUCACACUGGCAACUUUACAAUUUUUAUUUCUGGGAACGCUCCCAUUGGGAAUCGCUUGUCCAUUCAGUUAGUCGAUUUAUCAUGGUGUACAACA